UCAUUCCACUCUUGGCCAGACAGGGAGAAAGACGUUUAAAGAUUGUGAUCUUGUGUAUGGUAUAUGAAAAAAGAAAAUAAAUGCAUAAAAAACCACUCUCCCAAUAACAAGUUUUAAUUGAACAAGAACAAGCCGAAAACAAUAAUAAAACAUAGCAGUGGUAACAAAUUCAGACAAGUAAACGUGCACAUGUGAGAGCCGCCACACCAAGAGGCCACAGUUAGUCAGUUUGGAGCAGUAGCCAAACCAGAAGAAAAGAGAGUGUGUGUGCGGUGCAUGGACGGAGGAAAUGGUGUUCGCAUAACAAGAAAGAAACAAACAGCUUAUUUGGCCAGGUUUAGUUUCAGUCCAAUAAGACGUGGCGUUAGAUGUAUAACAAAUGCUCAGAGGAACAAAACAAAAUAAGCGCUUACAUGAAAAGGGGCUAAAAGGAAAAUCUAUUUUUAUUCACCAUCUUUCAAAAAGAAGAAGCUCCGUAAACGAAUCGAAACAAUAACUAUUAAUAUUAAAAGAAAUGCCUACGAAUAUUGCAUCGAAACAAAAAAAAAAUUAAAGUGAAAGUGUGAACUUGCAAAGCAAAGAUGUGAAUCAUAAGGUAGAAAAAAUACACUAACAACAAAAACAGUAUACAAGACAAACACCAUUGACAGCGAAGCGGUAAACAACAUCAUCUUAUUAAUUCUUUUUGUUUAAAAAUAUCGGCUUUUUGUUACACUGCUGCGCUAUUUUUUUUAAAGAAAGUUUAAUCUAAUUCCAUUUUUAUGCAUAUUGGCCUAAAAUUAUGCUGUCUUCCAAGACUAUGGUGGUGCAGAGGCGAAAAAAGAAAACUUUUAAACCAAAGUUCGACAAUGAACGAGAUCAGCUAAUAAAUUCUGCCGGCGCUGGCGCUACAAACGAUAGACUUCAACCGGACAGAGAAAGCAACAAGCACCACAGUUGUGACAAUCUACAGCCGGCCACUAUAGCGGCACUCAAUAUUAUACAGACCAGGGCACACAACUUAUGCAAUGGUAAUCUAAAAACUCCAGUUAUCGACUGUUGCCGUGAUGUCAAUUGUUAUUUAAACGCAACCGUUUGCCACCCCUAUUCGAGAGAAACCUGCGAAACUAUAAUUCCUACAACGACUUCGAAGGAGCUAAACAGUUCCCGUUCUGUAUCUAGUUCUAGGUUAUUUCUUACUCCUACCGGAGAUGACAGAGAACGAAGUACCAGCAGAGAGAAAUCUUCCGAAACAAGUGGGACAAGAAAAAGCGCAUCCCCAGCACCGACAACAACAACAACCAAAGCAGCACUUAGGUCUAUUCAAAAUGCAGAUGCCCAUAAAAAUCCCACAGACUAUGAGGAAAGUUAUAUGCUUAAGAUACAUUUGGAUCUUUUUGCUUGGCUUUUAUUUGCACUGGCAUUCGUAACUCGUUUCUACAGACUUUCCUAUCCGCGCAAUGUGGUCUUCGAUGAAUUGCACUAUGGCAAAUCUGUGGCGCACUACAUGCGUAAUCAGUUCUUUUUUGACACCCAUCCACCGCUGGGUAAACAACUAAUAGCCGCUGUGGCUGAAUCAGUAGGCUAUGAUGGCAACUAUACAGCCGCCCAUGUGGGCUCGCCAUAUGAACAAACGUUUCCCUUAUUUUGGAUGCGUUUAAUACCCGCUUUUUGUGGUAGCUUGCUUCCCAGCGCUGUGUACUUUCUCCUCAAAGAAAUUGGCAUAUCCCGACGCACUUCACUAUUGGGUGGCCUUUUAGUGGUCUUCGACAAUUCUAUGUUGAUUCAGGCGCGCUUAAUUCUAAUGGAAUCAAUGCUGUUGCUAUUCUGCACAUUAGGCCUGUACUUUCUGUUAAAGUUUCAUAAGUCCAAAUUCCUGCAUAUCUCUUGGCUCUUAAAUGGAUUGGCUUCAUCGGCUCUGCUGACGUUUGCGUUUAGCGUUAAAUAUGUGGGAUUUUUCACCUACUGUUUGGCAGUCUAUUUAAUUGUAAAAUAUUUGUGGGAUCUUCUGUACGAUGGCACAAAAUCAGAUUUCCACAUUGUUCUUCAAACUAUUGCACAAUUCAUAAUAUUCUGCAUACUUCCGAUUGUAAUAUAUCUGAGCAUCUUCUAUAUACAUUUAAACACCCUCUACAAGGCUGGACCUCAUGAUGUAGUUUUGACCAGUGCUUUUCAAGCAUCCUUAGAAGGCGGCUUGGCUUCCAUAACAAAAAAUCAACCGUUAAAAGUUGCUCAUGGUUCUCAAAUAACAUUAAGACACACCCACGGUCAUAUGUGUUGGUUGCACUCUCAUGCCCAUGUCUAUCCCAUCCGCUAUCCAGAUGGUCGUGGCUCAUCCCAUCAGCAACAAGUGACAUGCUAUCCCUUCAAAGAUGUUAAUAAUUGGUGGAUAGUCAAGAAGCCCAAAUAUGAUGACAUUGUUGUGGGAGAAAAGCCAGAAUAUAUACGCCACGGUGAUAUUAUACAGCUGGUGCAUGGCAUAACUAGCAGGGCUUUAAACACACAUGAUGUGGCUGCACCUCUAACGCCCAAUUGUCAGGAAGUUUCGUGCUACAUUGACUAUGGUAUUAAUAUGAAGAGUGAAUUGCUGUGGAAAGUGGAUAUUACUAACAGAGAUAAGGAAGGCUCAAUUUGGAAAACUAUAAAGUCAGAGGUGCGUUUAAUUCAUGUAUCCACCGGAGCAGCAUUGAAAUAUUCAAGUCGCAUGUUGCCAGGAUGGGGUUUCCGUCAACAUGAAGUUGUUUCCGACAGAGAAACUGGCGGAAAAGAUGUUAUCUGGAACGUAGAAGAACAUCGCUAUACAAAGGAUUCUGAUCGAGCAGAACGUGAAAGAACCAUGAUGAAUGCCGAGAUGAUACCGACUGGACCAACUCAAUUAUCAUUUAUGCAAAAAUUCUUGGAACUACAAUUUAAAAUGAUUUCCAUCGGUGGUCAAGUCCAAAGUCAUAUGUACAGCUCAAAUCCAUUGGAGUGGCCCUUACUAAGUCGUGGCAUUGCAUAUUGGGUCUCAUCUGAAUCAAAUGCUCAAAUUCAUUUGCUUGGCAACAUAGUCAUUUGGUAUACCUGCACUUUAUCAAUUUUUAUAUAUAUUGCUAUAUUCACAUUCUACCUACUUCGUCGACGUCGUCUCUGUUAUGACAUUGACGAAGAGGAGUGGACACGUUUAUUACAUGUUGGCCACACAUUUUUUAUGGGAUAUCUGCUACACUUCUUACCGUUUUUCUUUACGGAUAGUGCUCUAUUUUUACACCACUAUAUGCCGGCCUUCCUGUACAAAGUGCAAUUAUUUUGCUUUACUGUUGACCAUAUUGAUUAUUUGAUCAGGCGUUUCUGUGUACCUUCAUUGUGGAUGGUGAGAUCAUAUCGAUUGGCUGUUAUGGCCUGGUGCGUAGCAGUCAUAGGUGUAUAUAUACGUUUUUUACCCAUAAGUUAUGGAACAACAAAAUUAUCGAUAGAAGAAAUUUUGGCCCUAAGAUGGAAAGAUACUUGGGACUUUGUUGUACACAGGGCAGUAGGAACACGUACUGUAAUAUAAGUUUAUUAUAAGUUUAUAAUAUCAAUUUUUGGCGAAUUUCUUUGGAACAAACGAAAACAAAAUCAUGUACAUUAAUUAGAGUUUGUAUGCAUGUAUAUUGUACAAUUACUAUAGCUAGAAAUAAUUUAUUGAUAACGUGU